AUGAAGAGGAUUCAUCACAGAAAGAAACAUCAACCCUACAUUAUCACACUCAUGGAUUCCCAAAUAGUCAAGCUUGAAACCUCUCUGUCGGUUCCUUCUGUUCAUGAGCUAGCUAAGCAACUCAUCACUAAAGUUCCUGAACGAUACCUUCAUCCAAACCAAGAUCCUAUUAUUUCUGACACAAUCUCUCUGCCUCAAGUCCCAGUCAUUGAUCUCAAUCAAUUGUUGUCUCAAGAUGAAUCACCUGAGCUAGAGAAGCUAAACCAAGCAUGCAAAGAAUGGGGUUUUUUUCAGCUUAUAAAUCAUGGAAUCAAUCCUUCAGUGGUGGAAAAUGUGAAGAUAGGUGUUGAAAAGCUCUUCAGUCUCCCAGAGAAAGAGAAGGAGAAACUCAGGCAAAAAGAAGGAGAGUUAGAGGGGUAUGGUCAACAUUUUGUUUGUUCAGAGGAACAAAAGCUAGAAUGGGCUGAUCUAUUCUUCAUUAAUAUGCUUCCAUCAAGCACGAGGAGUAGUCACAUAUUUCCUUCCGUACCCCAACCAUUCAGAAAUGAUUUAGAGAGGUAUUCUCUAGAAUUGGAAAAACUUGGCAUGACUAUCAUUAAACUUAUGACAAAAGCUCUUAAGAUCAAAGGUGAAGAAUUGGUAGAGUUGUUUGAAGAUUUGAGGCAGACAAUGAGGAUGAAUUACUACCCUCCAUGUCCCCAACCAGAACAAGUGAUUGGCAUCAAUCCUCAUUCUGAUGUUGCUGCUCUCACCAUCCUCCUCCAAGUCAAUGAAAUGGAAGGCCUCCAAAUAAGGAAAGAUGGAAUGUGGAUUCCCAUAAAACCUCUCUCCAAUGCUUUUGUCAUCAAUGUUGGAGAUAUUUUGGAGAUUCUGACUAAUGGCAUUUACCGAAGCAUUGAACAUCGAGCAACAAUCAAUUCAGAGAAGGAGAGGAUUUCUAUUGCCACAUUUCACAAGCCUCUGAUGAACAGAGUUGUAGGUCCAACACCAAGCCUUGUUACUCCUGAAAGACCUGCAAUGUUCAAAAAGAUUAGUGUAGCAGAUUACUACAGAGGAUUCUUUUCACGCAAGCUACAAGGGAAAUCCUACGUUGACGCUGUUAGAAUAAAUAAUACAUAG